CGAGCCCUUCCCUUCCCAGCGCUGGCUGAGGCAGAGCAGGGCGGCCGUGUGAGCGUGAAUGCGGCCUGCGGAGACACGAGCCUCAGAGCCCGCUCGUGGAGGGGGGAGUCCGUGCCAAGGACGGCCAUGGAGAAAAUGGCCAGGGUUACCACCGCCCUAGGGGGCAACACCAUCACGGGGCGGACCAUGUUUUGCCACCUGGACGCCCCUGCCAAUGCCAUCAGUGUGUGCCGCGACGCUGCCCAGGUGGUGGUGGCUGGCCGCAACAUCUUCAAGAUUUACUCCAUCGAGGAGGACCAGUUUGUGGAGAAGUUGAACCUCCGUGUCGGCCGCAAGCCCUCCUUGAACUUCAGCUGUGCUGAUGUGGUGUGGCACCAGAUGGACGAGAACCUGCUGGCUACGGCUGCCACCAACGGUGUGGUUGUCACCUGGAACCUGGGCAAGCCAUCCCGCAACAAACAGGACCAGCUGUUCACAGAGCACAAGCGCACCGUCAACAAGGUCUGCUUCCACCCCACCGAGGUGUACAUGCUGCUCAGCGGCUCCCAGGAUGGCUAUAUGAAAUGCUUUGACUUGCGCAAGAAGGACUCUGUCAGCACCUUCUCUGGCCAGUCAGAGAGCGUGCGAGAUGUGCAGUUCAGCAUCCGCGACUACUUCACCUUUGCUGCCACCUUUGAGAAUGGGAACGUGCAGCUGUGGGACAUUCGCCGGCCAGACCGCUAUGAGAGGAUGUUCACGGCCCACAACGGGCCCGUUUUCUGCUGUGACUGGCACCCGGAGGACAGGGGCUGGCUGGCAACAGGGGGCCGAGAUAAGAUGGUGAAGGUGUGGGACAUGAACACCACGCGGGCGAAGGAGAUCUACUGCGUGCAGACCAUCGCCUCCGUGGCCCGGGUGAAGUGGCGCCCGGAGUGCAAGCACCACAUCGCUACCUGCUCCAUGAUGGUGGACCACAACAUCUAUGUAUGGGACGUGCGGCGUCCCUUCAUCCCAUCCGCCAUGUUCGAGGAGCACAAGGACGUCACCACGGGCAUUGUGUGGCGUCACCUCCAUGACCCCUAUUUCCUCCUCUCGGGCUCCAAGGACAGCACCCUGUACCAGCACAUCUUCAAGGACGCCAGCCAGCCCAUCGACCGGGCCAACCCCGAGGGGCUGUGCUACAGUCUCUAUGGAGACCUGGCCUUUGCGGCCAAAGAGAGCCUUAUCUCCUCUGACUCCAACCGCAAGCCCUACAUCGGGGACCGGCGCCACCCCAUCUUUUUCAAGCGCAAGCUGGACCCCACAGAGCAGUUUGAAUACAUCUCCUCCUCGAGCGCCCUCAGCGUCUUUGAGACGGACGUGGAGAGCGGCAGCAUGGACUGGUUUGUCCACACAGCCAAGCAGUAUGCGCUGGCCGGCAGGCCCCUGGCCGAGCUCUGUGACCAUAACGCCAAGGUGGCCAAGGGCCUAGACCGCAACCAGGUGGCUCAAACGUGGACAAUGCUCCGAAUCAUCUAUUCCAGCCUCGGCACUGUGUCCUCUGCUAACCUCAAUCACAGCAUAGGGAAAGGCAGCACCACCCUGCCGCUCAUGAACAGCUUUAACCUGAAAGACAUCCCCUCUGGGCUAGGCAGCGAGUCGAGACUGGAUCGCAGUAAAGGAGAGAGCCGCACGGAAAAUAUGCUCAUGGAUUCCUCCUCCACCUUGAUCAACAACGAGGAUAACGAGGAGACGGAGGGCAGCGAUGUCCCCGCCGACUAUCUGCUGGGGGAUGUGGAAGGGGAUGAGGAUGACCUGUACAUGAUGGACCAUGAGAACCCUCACGCUGAAGAGCAAGAAUACAGCCUUCCCCAGGAAGCCUUCCCCCUGCGCCAUGAAAUCGUGGACAACCCGUCAGCCUUGGACCACUUGCAGGACAAGGCUGACUCCCCUCAUGUCAGCGGCAAUGAAGCUGAGACAGUGUCACUGACACCUGUGGAGUCCUUCUCCCUCAUCUCCAUCUCCCACUCGCUCUACGAGAACCGCCUGCCCUCAGACUUCUUCAACCCCAUCGUGCGGGACACGCUGCUCUUCUACGCGGAGCAGGGUGAUGUACAGACAGCUGUGUCAGUGCUCAUCGUGCUGGGAGACCGCAUCCGCAAGGAGAUCGACGAGCAGACCCAGGAGCACUGGUACACGUCCUACAUCGACCUGCUGCAGCGCUUCCAGCUCUGGAACAUCUCCAACGAGGUGAUCAAGCUGAGCACGUGCCGUGCCAUCAACUGCCUCAACCAGGCCUCCACCACCCUGCACAUCAACUGCAGCAACUGCAAGCGGCCCAUGAGCAACAGGGGCUGGAUCUGUGACAGGUGUCGGCAGUGUGCCAGCAUGUGUGCCGUGUGCCACCACGUGGUGAAGGGGCUCUUUGUGUGGUGCCAGGGCUGCAGUCACGGCGGGCACCUCCAGCACAUCAUGAAGUGGCUGGAGACGAGCUCGCACUGCCCGGCGGGCUGCGGCCACCUCUGCGAGUACACCUGAGCCGCCGUGCCGCGGCCCCGUGGCUGGCGGGGGGG